AUGCAUGAGGUCAUAGAGAUGACACAAGACCACUUUGAACAACCGCCGAUGGGAGCAAUACUUGUGCUGGGUCCUGCGGUCACCGAUCAGGUGGAGGGCAAUGCCCUGUUCAAUCAAAUUGUGGCAGUGAGAGCCCACCUGCAACAUCUCAGUGAAGCCAUGGCUUUUUUGCUGGAGCAGAAGACUCAAAUUGCCGCUGCGGCUGUGUCCACCCUGUCACAACUUGAUGCACCAAUUGCAGAGCUGGAGGAAGCGCUCUCAAAUGCCCGCAGGCAAUUUGCCAACAAGGAGUGA